UGAAAAACAGUUCCAAUUUUCACGCGUACACGUUUCCACUUUGAACAACCGCAUUAAUUAUUAGAUAACAAAAACAAAGAACACAACUCUGAUGACGAUCGUCAAUUGAAUGGACUUUGAGUCCCCAUGUCUACCCUCAUCGGGAUCAGAGGCGAGGACGCCAAUUCCAUCGACGCCUUGUACUCGCCGGCGAAGGAAAAAGCGGCGAACAGAGGCGCCUACAGCAGCCGCUCGCCGCUUCUAUUUCGCCGAGCUCGUCAGCUUCUCGGCGAGGCCAAAUUGAAAGUUUUUCUGGGUUUCUUUGCUCUCUGCAUCGUCUUUUUUGUCACCUCAAGGCUUAGUUCCUUCAUGGGUUGGAAUCCUCACUACCCUUCUUCAGUCUCUUCUCCUUCUAGGGGCGGAUACACGGUACUUAUCAACACUUGGAAACGGAAUUCUCUUCUCAAGCAAUCUGUUGCUCAUUAUGCAUCCUGUAGUGGGACUGAAGCAAUCCAUGUGGUAUGGAGUGAAAGUGAUCCACCUUCAGAGAGUCUGAAAGCCUAUCUUAAGAAAAUUGUGUCUCACAAGUCGCAAACAGCUCAGAAACCCAAUUUUAAGUUUGACAUAAAUGAAGAGGAUAAUUUAAACAACAGAUUUAAACCAAUUGAGGACCUCAAAACAGAUGCAAUUUUCUCAGUUGAUGAUGAUGUAAUUGUUCCAUGUCCUACAUUGAAUUUUGCUUUCACUGUAUGGCAAAGUGCUCCUUUUGCAAUGGUGGGAUUUGUUCCUCGCAUGCACUGGCUAGAGAAGGCGGAGCAUGGUGACACAUAUUACAAAUAUGGAGGAUGGUGGUCAGUUUGGUCGAUGGGCACUUAUAGUAUGGUUCUCUCAAAAGCCGCAUUUUUUCACAGGAAAUACUUGGAUCUAUAUACCCACAAGAUGCCCUCACCCAUUCAUGAUUAUGUAUCCAGGGAGAGAAAUUGUGAGGAUAUUGCAAUGUCACUGCUUGUUGCCAAUGCCACUGGUGCUCCUCCGAUAUGGGUGAAAGGGAAGAUCUAUGAGAUUGGAUCAUCAGGCAUAAGCAGUUUAAAAGAGCACAGUGAAAAGAGAAACAAAUGCCUCAGUGAUUUUGCUACCCUCUAUGGUACCAUCCCUCUUGUAUCAACCAAUGUUAAAGCUGUGGAUGCAAGGCAAGAAUGGUUCUGGUAAUUUUUUAGCUGUAAAAAUCAUUUCCUGCCUGCCAAUAACAAUGUCAGUAAUAUAUAUAUUCUGUAUAUUCUUUUGGAACACAGUGACCAUACUUAUAAGCUAUAACACGAACAUGCUUGUGUUUUCAGUCUGCUCCUUAUGUAAAUAAGCUGUGUGGUUGUAUUCAUUAUUUUUUUAUAUAAAAAGAAUUCAUUAAUCUUCCUCA